ACGGUGGAGGUUGCGCUACAGUCUGCUUAAUCGAAAACGCGAUUCACAAGUGCGAAACAGUUGGCGCGCGUGCUCUGAGACGUUCAUGUGUCAAGAGGACGAUUCGUGAUAUUCUGAAUCCGUUAGAAGAUUGCGGGGUGGCGAGGAUCGCAAGGGAGGAAGGGCAAUAAACUCGGGUCGAAAAUCGAAAUUGGGAACAAGAACAAAAGGAUGAUAAAUUCAUUUGGUUCUCCGUUUUCUCAACAGAAACAUCAACGGAAAAGUGUGCAUUGACAGUGUAACAGCAUAUCAAUGUUAACAUUGUUUUAACACAGAGAUUUCACAUUAGCGAAGCAGCUUAUAUGAAGCAGCGUCGCACUUCUAAGCAUCAGAAAGGAAAAAAAACUAAAACGGUUAACAAAGAAGCAAGUACGAAGAGAGGAAUUUACUCUCAAGCGUUUUUCGUUUUUCGGGUAGCACGGUAUGAGGGUGAAGUAAAGUGAUGAGGGAAGACAAGCGAGAGAUGAGAGAGCUUAUUUACGGAACGCGACCUGCUUCCGUCGUUUAUAUGGCGAACACUGCAAUGAAAAUGUAGAUACUGGAUACAUUGAACGGAAAUGGACUAUUAAAGAGAAAAAUGGAUGAUCUGAGUGCCAACGGCAACAAUACCCAAGAAUUUUGCAAUACUCAGUACAAUUAUUUCGCGGCGCCGUACCAAGAGCUCUGGUGCAAUCCGGUAUGGGACUCGUUGCUGUGUUGGCCACCGACGAAGGCCUCCACCACAACGAAACAGCGGUGCCCGUUUGUGGAUGGAUUCGAUACAACUAAAUCCGUAGAGAAGAAAUGCGGUUACAAUGGACGCUGGGAAACACAGAAUGGUACAAGCACGAAUGAAGAUUCACCCAUUGGUUGGGCAAACUACAGCACUUGCUUGACGCCAGAGAUGCUAUGGCUUCACUACAUAGUCUACAACAACAAUCGGGAUGGCGAGAUGAAGAUGGAGAUAGCCGAGAAAACCCGUACCCUGGAAUUUGUCGGCCUCAGCAUCUCCCUAGUGGCUCUGCUUGCUUCCCUGGUGAUUUUCUGUCGUUUCAGGUCGUUGCGGAAUACGAGGACCAGAAUCCACAAGAACCUGUUCGUCGCUAUGGUCGUGCAGGUGCUAAUCAGGUUGACAUUGUACAUAGACCUCGCGAUCUUCCGGACGAAACCGCACAGCCCGCAACGUGGAAUAGGAAACACCCCGGUGUUGUGCGAGGCCAGUUACGCGCUGCUGGAAUACGUGAAGACAGCGAUGUUCAUGUGGAUGUUCAUUGAGGGCCACUUCCUGCACAAUAUGGUGACCGUGAUCUUCCAAGAGACGUCUUAUUACCGGAUGUAUCGACUCGUUGGUUGGGGAUGUCCAGUACUGAUAACUCUCGCUUGGGUUAUCGUGAUGGCAUUUUAUUAUCAUCCGAAAUCAAAGUUUCUCAGAUGCUGGUCAGGAUACAACUUGUCGUCGUAUUUUUGGAUCCUCGAAGGGCCCAGGUUUGCAGUAAUAUUGCUCAACUUCUUGUUUCUGCUGAACAUCAUAAGAGUGCUCGUAGUGAAACUCCGGCAAAGCCACACAAGCGAGAUCGAACAAGUUCUGAAAGCCGUGAGAGCGGCUGUGGUACUUCUACCACUAUUGGGCAUCACCAACAUACUCUUCAUGAUCAAGGCCCCGUUGGAUAAUGUAAAAAACUUUGCCCUGUGGUCCUACUCUACGCAUUUUCUGCAAUCAUUCCAGGGCCUCUUCAUCGCGACCCUUUACUGCUUCCUGAAUGGCGAAGUAAGAGUCGCCUUGGAUAAAACGAUCGCAGUUUAUCUCUUUUUGAGGGGAACCGAUCUGCAAAUCAGACGACAGUGUAUCUUCAGCGACUGCCAGCCUCAUCGAAUACCUACGGUGAUCGAGAUAGAGGAGGAGAAGACGAGAUCUAUCGGAUUGGUGAGGCUGUGCUGUCGCGGUAGAAACACUCCGCCACAGGAUCGACCUAAUGACGAAUGAGUAAUGAUCGAUUUUACUUGAUAAUAUAUAACUUACGUAAUAUAGAGUUGUCGAGAGAAACUAAGAUGUAUUCUUCAUAAUUUCGAAAGAGUUCUGCACACUUGACUACGUUAAAAUGAUUGUGUCAAGCAUGCACAGCGAGUGGAUGUUUAAAUUCAUUAACUUUAUGUAAAUUCCCUUUCUUGAAAAUUUACUUUGAGACACAUUUCCAGAGACACAAAAUUUUUACAAAUCUGAUUAUUUCGUAUUUCAUCGCUCUAUCACAUUCUUCAUACAUUUUCUAAAUAAUUUCAAUAGUUUAUAUAAGCUUAUUUAAAACUUUUAAUGAAA